AUGCCUCCAUCAUCGCCGUCCUCUUCGAGUCACACUCCCAAUCACACAUCAUCGCUCACUCCACCUCUCGAUCUCGGAUCUACGCCAGAGCCACCAGAACCACACACAAGUAUCAUGUCGCCAGCCAAAGAAGAACCAGCACCAAUCGCCAGUGCAUCAGCCCUCAAAAUCACCAAGCCCAACCAAGCAGGAUUCCCCUUCUUGUCGCUUCCGCCUGAGAUCCGCAAUAUGAUCUAUCACUACAUAUUCACUCCUGUGAGGGAUGGGAUUUGCUUGGUAAUCUUUACGCACCUAGAUGACCACCAUCGCAUCAGAAGCUCCCGCCUCAAAUGUAAUGCUUGUCGUCUGGACCUGCAACACCCUUCCUGUCAUUCUUGGGAACAACCUGAAGAACGUUGGAUCCCUGCGCUCAAAUUUACGGAUGGAUACACGCAUUCUGGUAUCCUGCGAACAUGCCAUACAAUCUUCAAUGAAGUCACGCCAACCGCGCUGUCCCACAUGCAUCUUGCUCUCAAUUUCAGUUUCUACUGUACUGACUUCGUCACGAAGGCUAUGGAAAUACUGCUGAAAAGUAUGCGCAGAUCUCAAGGAGCUUAUCUUUCAAAAGUCACACACGUUUCUUUCGAGUAUGGGUUUGAAGACCAACCCCAAGAUCACUUAUUGGAAUUCAUCAAUCGCUCAGAUGUCAAGAUCGGACACUUCGAACUUUACGAACAGUGGAUCUCAUCUCAAUUGAAUCGUAAAGCCGUCAAACGCCUCAUCACUAUCUUGGACACGCUAGGGAAUAAGCCUGUGACAGUUGCAUGGGUUGAUCGGUAUGGCGGUCCCUCGUACCGAUUUGAGAGGCAACGAGUAGAAUUCAAUGGAGCUCUCGAAACGUGGCUCGCAGAGCGCGCGGCAAUCAAGGUUGCUAGUCCUGAUGCUCGGCUACCUCUUCUUCGGGACUUUCUUCCACAGGACUUCGACUCGUCGGCAGACUGA